CCUAACAGCCAACUUCUCUACGAAGCACCGGCUUUUUGGACGUAAAAGCAGAAGCCACUCUAGGCCUGCUUUUAGAAGCCAGAAGCAGCGAAGGUUUAAUGAAAUUUUCAAAAUACCAUUGGGUACCGUCAUGAACUUGAAGGAAUUACACACACGACCAGCCUCUUCUCUUCCUCUUCCUCGACCAGUUCUUCUCCCUCAACUCUCUCUCUCUCUCUCUCUCUCUCUCGGUGCUAGGACGACAUCUCGUGCACCAUCGGCGCCUCCACCUUUGCUCUCCCUGGUGGCCACCAUGGUGUCCUGCUCCAGGCUGUGAUUAUGCUAUAGAUUUUAUUGUUGGUAGUGGAAGCUAUGAUGUUACUUGCCGCUGUUCAUAUAGCUUUUGAUGGAACUGUACUGAAGAAGCUCAUCGCCCCGUUGAUUGUGGCACAGUGGCCAAAUGGAUAUUGAAGAACAGUGCCGAAUCUGAAAAUAUGAAUUGAUAUGGAAUAUCUUAGUUAUUGAUAGGAAAGUAAAAUUAUAAAGUUCAAAGAAAGUUAUUUAGAUGUGAACGCUGGACUUCCUUGGACCAUAGGAUUGCAGAUUGCUGAGAUGAUAACCUAUGUGCAGAUAUAAAGCGGUUGCGUGGCCCAAGAUGUACCAUCAUAAUUGUGCUGGCCUGUCUACCCUUGUCCACCUGGAUAUAUAUACUUUAAUUGUAUUAUAGCAUAAGAAUGUAGUUUGUUAGAUAUUGCAGAAAUGUCAAUAUUAAACACUGAGUUAUUAAUGAUUCUAUAAAUUAUUGAAGGGAGGGAAAUAUCUUAACAAAAUCAUGAUAUUUCAUUUCUAGUAUAAGUAUUUUUCCGGGAACAAUAGCUAAGAAAGAUAGGUAUUUGUCUGGGUUAAUUACAGCAGUCAUGAAUUGAAAGAUAAUAUAUGUUUCAAGAUUCCUUCUGUUUUAAAUGAUUUAUUAUAUUUAUUGAAGAGUCUAUCCGAAAUCAUCCUCAAGAACUUAAAUCUCUCUCUCUCUCUCUCUCUCUCUCUCUAUUGUAUCAAUUGGCACAUGGAAAUCAGAGGGCUGGUUGGUUCAAUAAAAAUCUAAACUCCCCAACACAUUAUAAACAGUGGCUGCAAAAAUCCUGUAGUUGUCUGUAUUUAUGUAUAGGCCUCAUUGCUAAGUUGUAUGGCUGCUGGAUUUCAGGAUAUUGGCUAAUUCCAAGCCUUGCCCCAAGUGCAAAUGACCCAUUGAGAAAAACCAAGGCUGUAUGCAUAUCACUUGCACACCACCUUGUAAAUUUGAGUUUUGCUGGCUCUGUCUUGGUGCAUGGUCAGAACAUGGUGAGAGGACAGGUGGCUUUUAUGCCUGUAACCGCUAUGAGACAGCAAAGCAGGAGGGAGUGUACGAUGAGGCAGAGAAACGAAGAGAGAUGGCCAAGAACUCUCUAGAGAGGUACACCCAUUAUUACGAAAGAUGGGUAACCAAUCAGUCGUCCAGACAAAAAGCACUAGCAGACUUGCAGCAGAUGACUGUGCAUCUUGAGAAGCUGAGCGACAUCGUGAUCUGGGUUGUUCUGGCUUCUGGGUUUUGGUGUUUUUGGUGGGUUGAGAUAAGCUACCGUACUCUAUUAAGAUCCUUCUUGAGUCUGCAAUCUGUAACUGCGAUGAGUUUCAGGUUAAGAGCAGCUUUAUUCCAAGUUUUUGGCCAUUAGGUUGCUUUUUCUGCAGUUAUCUAUUUGCAUCAAGUGCAGUUUUCUGGUUUUACGCUGUUUGCUUCUCUCUGCUGGGACUUUCUGGUUCUGAGGCCAUUAGGUGUGUCUUGCAUUUUGAUUUUUCAAUGCUUGGGGUUGAUAUCCAGAGUUGGUCAAUGUUAAUCUAGCAAGUUGUUAGACAUCAGUUUAUGUUCAUAUUCUAUAUAACUUGAUGCUUUACAACAUGUGUGGAAUGAUGCAUUUUAAUUCAGAUACAAAUAGGAGUUGUAAACUAUUUUUCGAGUUGCAGCAGCAAGGAAUUUCUUAUAAAGUUACCGGUUUGUUUCUUAGACCAGAGGGCCAUCAUUAUUCGUUUCAUUAGUGUUGUGAUGGUCCCAGAAAUGUUACUGUAAUCGUUGACAUAUAUGUUUAUAAACUGAGAUGAGAGGGAAAAAAAAAACCAAGGAAAUUAAGCCAAUAUUUAUGGAUGAGCAAGACCACUCUUUUUGUGUUUUCUGAUACUUUUCACGGUAUCUCUGAACAGCAGCUGCAUGUGACAAAAUCGAAUGAUAAGCAGCAAUGUGAGGCUCAGUUUGUGAAAUCCCAGCUGUGCAAUUUCCAUAAGCUUUGGAGCACCGUGCCGGAGUAUUCAUCCCAUUGUCAUAGCCAAGAGCAACCACCACU